GGUCAAUCAUGUCAAAUCCCCUUUCUGGUAAAUUUGUAUAUAUUGUUUUUUGUCCAUGUUCUUUAAGCAAAUCCUUCAGGAGACCGUGAGUGAGUUCACCCGCGGGCUCAAGCGCAUCGAUUUCGCCUCGGCCGGCGUAAGGCGGCGCACGUAAGGCGGCGAUCCUGCCCGCCGCCCUUGUCGAUCCUGCCCGCCAUGGCGCAUGAGGCACUGGAAGAAGGAAGUGAAUUCCUUUUGGACUGGCAGAAGCUGAAGAAGGUGGCACUUUGUGAGUCACCGGUGGUCCCUGUGGCCGUGCAACACGCCGACACCCUCGAGCUGCUCAUCGUCGCCUUCGCCAACGAGCAGGCACUGCUGGAAACCUUCCGGAGGAAGGUCUGUGUGCUCUGGAGCACCUCCCGAAACAAGCUUUGGAUCAAGGGUGAGACCUCUGGAGAUGUUCUGGACUUGGUCGAGAUCCGUGUGAACUGUGAGCAGAACUCUUUGCUCUACUUGGUUCGCCCACACCGGACGGGUGCCUGUCACACGAAAGAUGCAGAGGGUCACUCUCGGCCCUCCUGCUACUAUCGAAGACUGAAGUGGCCGGAGGAGGGCAUCCCUGAUGGGGACCUGUCCGAGAUGCUCAAGAGAUCCUCACUGGAACACCUCGCAGCGCCGCACGAACCUCCGGGACCCCACAGCACGAGCGACUGCGUGAGGGGCGAGUGAGCUGCGUGGCGGAGCCCAAAAAGCGGAGCGGC